AUGGCUUCACCCGCUACUACAGAUACAACAACAAAGAAAUCCCCCCUCUCCCGCCACCGCCACCUCUCCCCCCUCUCCUCCGUCCGCAUCUCCCCCCUCCAGCUCGGGGGCAUGUCCCUCGGCACCACCUGGAGCGACCGCCUCGGCGCGGUCCCCAAAUCCUCCGCCUUCUCCCUCCUGGACAAAUUCUACUCCCUGGGAGGCAACUUCAUCGACACGGCGAACGCCUACCAAGCCGGCCAAUCCGAGGAAUGGAUCGGCGAGUGGAUGGCCACGCGAUCGCCGACUCGGCGGUCCGAGAUGGUCAUUGCGACGAAGUACACCUUGUCCCCUAUACCCCAGGGAAGUUCAAUCCAAGAAAGUAACUUCGGCGGCAACGGCACGAAGUCCAUGCGCGUAUCCAUCGAGGAAUCCCUCCGGAGGUUGAGAACAGACUACAUAGAUAUAUACUACGUGCACGCAUGGGACUACUCGACCAACAUCGAAGAACUCAUGCAAUCGCUGAACCAUCUCGUCGCGCAGGGCAAGGUGCUCUACCUAGGAAUCAGCGAUGCGCCGGCAUGGGUGGUUAGCAAGGCGAACACAUAUGCCCGAGUACACGGGCUAAGAGGGUUUAGUGUCUAUCAGGGACGGUAUGGAGCUACGUGUCGGGAUCUGGAGAGGGAGAUUAUUCCGAUGUGUAGGGAGGAGGGGAUGGGGUUGUGUGUUUGGGGGGUGUUGGGGAAUGGAUAUCUCCGCUCUCCGAAUACUGCAGCCGAGAGAGUGCGGAAUGUCUCGCACCUGCUUACCGGCCAUGAGGAACAUGUUUCGUUGGUGCUGGAUACGGUUGCGAAGCGUCAUGGUGAGGGUGCUUCGGUGACGAGUGUGGCUAUUGCGUAUGUGAUGCAGAAAACACCUUACCUCUUUCCCAUCAUCGGUGGACGGACGGUCGAGCAGCUCGAGGAGAAUGUCCAGGCGUUGAGUCUGGAUCUUACGGAGCAGGAUGUGAGGGAAAUUGACGCCGCGUAUCCGUUUGACUUGGGCUUUCCGCAUAGUUUCCUCUGUCCCGGGGGAUAUCGCGAUGGUGGGGGGUGUCCGGGGCCGCAGGACGUGGCGUUUUCGAGGGCGAUGGGAGAGUUUGAUUAUGUUGAGGGGGGGAAGGCGAUUCGGCCGUUCAAGGGAUAA